AUGCCCAAGGCCCGCAGCGUGCUCGUCCUGGCGGGGCUCCUGGCUCUCUGGGCAGAGCUGCCUCCAGCAUCCGCCCAGAAUGUCACCACAAAAGCCGGUGUGUGCCCGGACCCGGCGAUGGAAGCGGUGAACUGCACGGUGGGGUGCCAGUCCGAUGGCGACUGUGAGAGCACCCUCAAGUGCUGCCCGGCGGCCUGCGGCAAGGCCUGCCAGAAGCCCGACGAGAAGCCCGGCACCUGCCCACCCGUCAGUCCGGGGAUCCCCAUGCUGGGCGUCUGCACGAACCAGUGCAAGACGGACUCCAACUGCUCCGGGAGCCAGAAGUGCUGCAGGAACGGCUGUGGCAAGGUCUCCUGCGUGACUCCCCUCCACUGAGGCGCAGCUGCCUCCUGCCAGCCUGGCCACAGGGAAGCUGCUGCCCGACGCGAGUCCCGCACACCCAGGCCCCGGCCCCGCACCGUCCCCCCCGGCCCGGCCACGCUCCCAGCUCGGAGCCUUCAGCCUCAGCUUCCUCCCCGGGGUCGCUUGCUCGGGGCGCGCCGCAGCCCCCUGCACUCUCACCAAUAAAGCAGCC